AUGGCAAUCUCCCAGAGAACCGGCUGCGUCGCCAAAACCCGCACCCCACCCAGAAAGCUUUGGACAGAAGCCAUCAAGGAGAAACUGGUACAAUUCGCCAAUCACAACCAACCCACCAGUGCUCAGUUGACUAACGUACCCAAGUCACGGCAUAAUGCCGCGCUGCAGGAGGCUCUCCAAUGCAAAACAUGCAAGAUGGGGGCUUCCCCCUACAAAAUGGCAUCAGAUAUCAAAGAAGGCAUAUACAUCACCUCUCGAUACCCGCCUUACUUUGCCAACAAACUCGAAUCAAUCGAGGAGAUCUCUCCCCUCGAUGCAAGCUCACGCCAACCUCGCAACCUCUCCUUCUGGUCCGACAUAACCUAUUCUCAACAACGCCAAUACUUCGAGGCUGUGGAUGCUAUAAUCCAAAAAGCCGAGGCUGCGAACGGUAAGGCAGCAAGCGAGGCUAUCGUUGUAUACGCGCACUACCAGGUAGACAGCCACAUCCGGCAGCAUUAUAUGGGUACCCAGAGCGUGUUUAAUAUGUGCCGAGACAAGCAAGAUAUCGCCGACCUGCACGAGUGGCAGUGGGAGGUCGCGGCGGUGGAUGAACCCGCUGCUACGAGUAACCCGGACUGGGGAGUCGACUGGGCAUCAGACCCGACUAACUCGCUGUACGAGCAAUACGAUGGAUGGAAGGCGAGGGAAGCUCAGAGGGAGGAUCAUCUUGCCAUCGUGAGAUCUCAAUGGGCUCGAAUUCAGCUGGAGAGGGAGGAGCAGAGGAAGAAGACUUUGGUGUUUUGGUUUCGAGGCGCUCCUAUCAGGAGUGUCAGAUUUAGUCCGGGGGCUGAACCGUCUCUUUCGGAGGAAGAGAUAAUGCAGAUUGCUAACGAGACUGCUCAUUGGGUGACUUCUUUUGCUGAGUCUGAAGCCACUGGGGUGACGCCUUGUGAUAUCCUUUGA